UAAUAGUCUAAUCCCUCGCCCUCUGGCCUUCGUUAUAAUCCCCUCUCCUUCCAUACUCUUUCGCUCUUUCCCCAUUUCCCCCUCUCUCUCUCUCUCUCACAAAUCCAAAGAGGGAGACGUUUUAUUUUUUAUUCAUAUUAAUAAUAAUUAACUGAAAAGAAAAACCUAAAACAAAAGAAAAGAGCCACCACCACCACUUCUCAGCCUCCAAACCCUAAUUCCCCACAACCAUGGACGAGUCAACUCAGCAACUCCAACAAGCUCAACUCGCCGCCAUACUGGGCCAAGACCCUGCCCCUUUCGAAACCUUAAUCUCUUCUCUUAUGUCCUCUUCCAACGAGCAGCGAUCGCAGGCUGAGCUCGCUUUCAACCUCUGCAAGCAGAACGAUCCUGAUUCUCUCUCUCUCAAACUCGCUCAUCUUCUUCAAUUUUCUCCUCGCAACGAGGCUCGUGCUAUGUCCGCCGUCCUCCUCCGUAAGCUUCUUACCCGUGAUGACGCUUAUCUCUGGCCUCGCCUCACGCCCGCCACUCAGUCUUCUCUCAAAUCUAUUCUUUUGACGUGUAUCCAGCAUGAACAGAACAAAUCAAUUGUUAAGAAGCUAUGCGACACCGUAUCUGAGCUGGCCUCUGGAAUUUUGCCUGAGAAUGGCUGGCCUGAGCUAUUGCCGUUUAUGUUUCAGUGCGUGUCUUCUGAUUCGCCGAAACUGCAGGAAUCGGCGUUCCUCAUUUUCGCUCAGUUGUCACAGUAUAUCGGUGAGACGUUAAUUCCAUUUAUAAAGGAGUUGCACACGGUAUUUUUGCAGUGUUUGGGAUCGUCUCCUAGUUUUGAUGUGAAGAUAGCUGCCUUGAAUGCGGUGAUCAAUUUCAUUCAGUGUUUGAAUAGCUCUUCUGAUCGGGAUAGGUUUCAGGAUUUGUUGCCAGCGAUGAUGAGGACAUUGACUGAAGCUUUGAAUAAUGGAAACGAAGCUACAGCGCAGGAGGCCUUGGAGCUUCUUAUUGAGUUGGCAGGUACAGAACCGAGAUUUCUGCGGCGGCAGUUGGUCGAUGUGGUGGGUUCCAUGUUGCAGAUUGCUGAGGCUGAGAGUUUAGAAGAAGGAACUCGGCACCUGGCGAUUGAGUUUGUUAUUACUUUAGCCGAAGCAAGGGAGAGGGCACCUGGGAUGAUGAGGAAGUUGCCGCAGUUCAUAAGCAGGUUGUUUGCGAUAUUGAUGAGGAUGUUGUUGGAUGUUGAGGAUGAUCCCGCAUGGCAUAGUGCAGAGACUGAAGAUGAAGACGCGGGCGAGACUAGUAAUUAUAGUGUAGGACAAGAGUGUUUGGAUAGGCUGGCAAUUUCGUUGGGUGGAAAUACUAUUGUUCCUGUUGCAUCUGAGCAGUUGCCUGCAUAUUUGGCUGCUCCAGAAUGGCAGAAGCACCAUGCUGCCCUCAUUGCUCUCGCUCAGAUUGCUGAGGGUUGCUCCAAGGUGAUGAUAAAAAAUCUGGAACAAAUAGUGUCAAUGGUUCUGACCUCGUUCCAUGAUCCCCAUCCCCGUGUAAGAUGGGCAGCUAUUAAUGCAAUUGGGCAAUUGUCUACAGACUUGGGUCCUGAUUUGCAAAAUCAAUACCAUCAAAGUGUGUUGCCAGCACUGGCGGCUGCAAUGGAUGACUUCCAGAAUCCACGAGUGCAGGCACAUGCUGCUUCAGCAGUGCUCAACUUCAGUGAGAACUGUACUCCGGAGAUUUUAACUCCUUACUUGGAUGGAAUAGUGAGCAAAUUGCUUGUACUUUUACAGAAUGGAAAGCAAAUGGUGCAAGAAGGAGCCUUGACUGCCUUGGCAUCAGUUGCUGAUUCAUCCCAGGAGCAUUUCCAAAAGUACUACGAUGCAGUUAUGCCAUACCUGAAAGCUAUCUUAGUGAAUGCAACAGACAAGUCUAACCGCAUGCUUCGCGCUAAAUCCAUGGAGUGCAUUAGUCUUGUUGGCAUGGCUGUUGGAAAGGAGAAGUUUAGGGAUGACGCUAAGCAGGUUAUGGAAGUCCUUAUGUCUUUACAAGGAUCUCCAAUGGAGACAGAUGAUCCAACGACAAGUUACAUGUUACAAGCAUGGGCCCGACUUUGCAAGUGUUUGGGACAUGAUUUUCUUCCUUAUAUGGCUGUUGUCAUGCCACCCCUGCUUCAGUCUGCUCAACUCAAGCCAGAUGUAACCAUUACAUCUGCAGAUUCAGACAACGAUAUUGAUGAUUCUGACGAUGAAAGUAUGGAGACCAUCACCCUUGGGGACAAAAGAAUAGGGAUCAAGACUAGUGUCCUGGAAGAAAAAGCAACUGCUUGCAACAUGUUAUGUUGCUAUGCAGAUGAGCUUAAGGAAGGGUUCUUUCCAUGGAUUGAUCAGGUUGCCCCUACUCUAGUUCCUCUUCUAAAAUUUUAUUUCCAUGAAGAAGUCAGGAAAGCAGCCGUUUCAGCAAUGCCGGAACUGCUGUGUUCUGCAAAAUUAGCUGUAGAAAAGGGGCUGGCUCAAGGUCACAAUGAGUCUUAUGUAAAGCAGUUGUCUGACUAUAUUAUUCCAGCUUUGGUGGAAGCAUUACAUAAGGAACCUGAUACUGAGAUCUGUGCAAAUAUGUUGGAUGCAUUAAAUGAAUGCUUACAGAUAUCUGGAACACUUGUUGGUGAAGGUCAGGUGCGAUCUAUUGUGGAUGAGAUAAAACAGGUUAUAACUGCUAGUUCUAGUAGGAAAAGGGAGAGAGCGGAGAGAGCUAAAGCUGAAGACUUUGAUGCUGAGGAGGGAGAGUUGAUUAAAGAGGAAAAUGAGCAAGAGGAGGAAGUUUUUGACCAAGUGGGUGAAAUCUUGGGAACUUUGAUCAAAACAUUUAAAGGCUCUUUCCUGCCUUUCUUUGAUGAGUUAUCAACCUAUCUAACUCCUAUGUGGGGCAAGGAUAAGACAGCUGAAGAGAGAAGGAUUGCGAUUUGCAUUUUUGAUGAUGUAGCAGAGCAAUGUCGUGAGGCAGCUCUUAAGUACUAUGAUACAUUUUUACCAUUCCUAUUAGAAGCAUGCAAUGAUGAGAAUCCUGAUGUUCGGCAGGCAGCUGUAUAUGGACUAGGAGUUUGUGCAGAGUUCGGUGGGUCUGUAUUUAAGCCUCUUGUUGGAGAGGCUCUUUCAAGACUAAAUGUUGUGAUACGGCAUCCUAAUGCUAAGCAACCUGAAAACGUCAUGGCAUAUGAUAAUGCUGUUUCUGCUUUGGGGAAAAUUUGCCAGUUCCAUCGUGAAAGUAUUGAUUCAUCUCAGGUUGUACCAGCAUGGUUAAACUGUUUGCCGAUAACAGGUGAUUUGAUUGAAGCAAAAGUUGUUCAUGAACAGCUUUGUUUGAUGGUGGAGAGGUCCGACAGUGAACUUUUGGGCCCGAAUAAUCAGUAUCUUCCUAAGAUUGUUUCAGUAUUUGCUGAGGUUCUAUGUGGUAAGGAUCUGGCAACGGAACAAACUGCAAGUCGAAUGGUUAACCUGUUGAGGCACCUUCAGCAGACUUUACCGCCAGCAACAUUGGCUUCAACAUGGUCUUUGUUGCAUCCACAGCAACAGUUGGCAUUGCAAUCCAUUCUCUCAUCGUAGUAAUGCCAAUCUCCGAGACUGUAUGUGUGUGAGAAUAUUUAUUACCCAUUCUUUUCCAUAAGAUGGUUUCUCCCAUCAAUUUGUUUUUGCACGAUGUUCUGCAGCAACGACAUCCUCGCAUCAGUUGGAUUGAGUGUGAAAGGCCAUCAUUGCGAUUGAAGUGAAUCCUUUUUUGUAGAAUGUGUAUAUUAUUUACAAGUGUUAAUUUAUAGUUGGAGGAAGAAAGAGAGUUUAGGUAUUUGUGGUUUGGGUUGGUAUUUUGUUAUCAUUCUUUUCUUUUCUUUUUAGUUUUUAUUGGCGCAGUUAAGGCAAUUCUUGUCGCAGUUUUGGUCAUAUUUGUGUUCAGUUUCAUACCAAUUUCCAGAUUGUGAUCAUGUAUGGAUUGGAAUUUUGAAUUUUGGAA